CCCCGCAGUAUUGUCAGUUAGCUAGCAAAAACACUGCAACUUCUGGAGGGGAACUUCAAAAUAAAAUAGCUCCGCGGGACAUGGACAUGUUUCGUUAAUAGAUUUGCUAUAUUGCUCUUACUGAUGCACUCAGAGCCUUUAACUGCGAGUACGUGAUGAGUUAAUAAGUACGUUGCAACGAUUUUUGUGUGUAUUAAUUAUAUACACAAGAUUGACUAACGUACUGCUUUUAUUUUGAAGCGGAAUAUACGGUAAUUGUAGCGCUGCGACUGUUAGCGCGGGCUAACUUCACACAUAGAAGAAGAGGUGAAGUUACAAAGCCUCGAACCAAAACAAGACUUCACAGCCUGGGCUGGACAACACCGCCUUGUUAUGAAUGGGACCUACCUCUGCUCAGCGAGCUUUUUUCGAGUCAAAUGCCUUUUAAACCGCUGCACCCGUCGUUUAUGUGAAAUCGGAGCCCCGGCGGAAAAUACGGUUAUCCCUUAGGAUCAUCAUGUACUGUCCGAUGCUGACUGACAAAAACAAGCUCUGGUAGCCCGAGGAGGAUCGUCUACCCUAACUUUUCCUCCUCCUGGGAUCAAUGACCGGACCCAACUCCCCGAGCCGGACUGGCACCUCCCCGGCCAAGCUGAGCAGGCACGGACGGUCCAAGAGCACCAGCUCGCACUGCCUCCUCCGCUGCAGCACCCAGGAGGAGUCUUCUGCGUCUCCCCCUAACAACAGUGCCCGAUCCCCUGGCGAGGAAGAGGAGAAGGAUGGAGGGGUUCUCUUCUAUGUUAACCGGACCGGUUUUCCCAUCGAAAGUGUCACCUGGGAGAGGAUGUGGUCCCAUGUGGCCGCUGUGCACCCUGAAGGCCAGGAGAUGGUGGACAGGAUACGAAAUGCUGCAUACCUUCCCAAGCAUCCUGUUCCCUCAAUUCCAACCUUCAAACCGUCCAUGUCGGUCCCAGACUGGCUCGUUGCCAUCCAGAACUACAUGAAGGCUCUGCAAUACAACCACACAGGAACCCAGUUCUUUGAAAUCAAGAAGAGCCGUCCUCUGUGUGGGUUAAUGGAGACAGCAAGAGAGAUGAUCAGGGAGUCUUUGCCAAUCAAAUGCCUCGAAGCCGUCAUCUUGGGAAUCUACCUGACCAAUGGACUGACGUCUCUUGAGCGUUUUCCCAUCAGCUUUAAGACCCAGUUUUCGGGUCACUGCUUCCACCAUGUUGUGCUGGGCGUCUACUGCAACGGUCGCUACGGAUCGCUGGGUAUGAGCCGCCGCCAGGACCUGAUGGACAAACCACUGACCCACCGCACACUGGGAGAACUGGUGGCUGAGUUUGAGAGCUCCUACAAGAGAUACCAGCACACUCUUAAGAAGGUGAAGAUUGGCCUUUACGUGCCUCAUGACCCCCACGUCUUCCAGCCAAUCGAGUGGAAGCAUUUAGUGCUGAAUGCUGCCCGACUGGGAGCUCAGGAGAUGAGGAAGGAGCUGGAGAAGCAUGGUCGGGACAUGAGGAUGAAGAUCCUAAAAUCAUCCAGUGCCCAGUCACCAAUCAAAGAGCGGAGCCGAGGGAAGUCCUUAUCACCACGGCGACGACAGACCAGUCCCCAGCGACGCUUCAUACACCGCAGAGACAAAUCGCCGGCCUCAGUGGAGAGGAAACCUCCAGAGCUCAGCACUCUCAAUGAUGGUUACCAGAUCCGCAUCUGAUCCCCUCCAUUCACCUACAAAACAUCUUCAGCUGUUCCACAUCCGUCCAGACCCCUCGGCCACCCCGAUCCAAGAGUCUCUACCUGCCACCAGCGUUUCUAAGAGAGCAGUCACUGCAGCUGGAGCAGCACAGUUGGAUUUUACACAGUGGAUGGUGAACACUCAAAUAUAUAUUAAACAAACUUGAACAGGAGAAACUUCGUUGUCGCUGAAACUCACACAGGAAGGUGAGCGUUCUGGUCUUAAUAUUUCAGUGUUUGCUCAUUUAGUAGCAGUGAAUCCUUGAAAACAGCCUCCCUCGUCAUCACACAGCCUGAGAGUUGCUGCUCUUUUCUUUCACAUCGACACAUUUCACUCAUGUAGCUGCUCAGAGAAUCAGCGCAGAAUUAAAUCCAUUUGUUUAAGAUUUCUAACAUUUCAAUCAACUUGAGUGACCAUCUGUAUUAAAGAAGAGCUAGAACAAGAAGUUCUUAAUACAAACAGUUGAAAGUAUUAGUGGUUAAUGAGACAAGUCGGCAUGCUGGAAGAGUCACAACAAUAAAAUGUAGAGUUCUCUUUGAACAGAACUCGACCAAUAACAUAUUUAUUGGUUAUUUUGGCGUCUUAGCUUGUAAAAUGAUCAGUUAUAGUGAUACCACUUCUAUAGCACAAAUCCACAAUUUAAGCAGUUAUGUUUUGCCAGGAAUGGAGGUGGUGAUGACUUAACACUUUUGACAGUUUGUUGUCAGUUGCCCAACAUGGUGGGGAGGAAAAGCUGACGUGAGAUGACGAGGAAGCAGGAAAUACACAGGAGAUAUAAGCACCCAUUAUAAAUUAAACUACGACUUCAUCUUUAAAAACAACAGAAUGUCCUGACAGCUGCUCUGCUCACAACUUAGUGGUGCUGCACAUCGAAAGUAGUCAAAGUCAUAUUUCCCUUCCACUGUGACUUCUCCUGAACCCUUGUGAACCAGCAGCAGUUUAAAUAAGAUGACUAAGUAGACUUCCGUUUGCAGAUUUUAUUGAUCAUGGUGGACGAGUUUAGAAUAAAGAGAGGACGUUCGAUAAAGUAUGCAAGGAAAUCAAAGAUGCAGAGUCAAUGGAGAAGAAAGGGAGGAUAAAAGGAAGCAGGAGGAGGAGGAAAGACGUGCGAAGCGAGGAAGCGAUACAGAGAGGAUUCACUGCAGAAGAUAGAAUGAUCAUUAGAGCACUGCGGCAAACCUCCUGUCCCCUCUUCCUCUCAGAUCCCCACUUCUCCUCCUCCUCUGCCCUCUGUUGACACAUAACUGCAUACAUAACUACAGCACUGUUUCUGUUGAAGUGCUCUGAGCAUCAGGAACAAACACGUCAUAGAAAACAAUGGAAAGACUCAAAUACAAAUACAGACUAGACGUAGUUAACAGACACAGUAUUUUAUGCCAAAAAGACAGAAAGCCUCUUGCUGAUAUUCUGUACUAAGAUGCAGGUUUUUCUGUCAACAUCAUUGCUAUUUUAGCAAAGCGAUUUUUCUUAUUAUUUACUGUGCAGCUGCUAGGAAGAAAACAUCUGUUGUUUGGUGGUGACGUAGCUGCAGGACAUUUUCUUCUUUUUUUUACAAGUGCAGUAAUCACACUUUAUUAAAAAUAGCUAUCAAUGUUGCUAAAGUUCCACAAACCAUCUAUACAUGUGGUUCCUGCCCUGCGGCUCAGGAUUGAAGUUGAGAGAAAGAGUAUUUAUAAUCACGUUAAGUAUUGCUAAUUUUUGCGCUUGCUUUGUGCAGUACUAGAGAUUUUGUUUUCCUAGGGCUACAAGCUAAAAAGAUUAUGAACCACAAAUCCCAACUUUUGUUUUUUGGGGGCCUAAAGCAUCAAGUAUUAUGCAAAAAAUGUAGAAAAAUGGGAAAAAACACAAUUUCGUGUACAAAUUUUUCCCUUUUUGUCAUCCCCUUAGGUUUUUUUCUUGGGACUCCCUUUAACUGAACGACAAGACAGUUAAAAUGAAUAUUGCAGGCUUAAUGAGAACUCUGUGGGCUAAACUCUAGACACAUUCUGUUCUGAUCUCACAUGGAAAAUAAUAGUUUCCUUAAUCCCAAUCCAAAAGUCAACCUUGAGUAUUUCCAAAACCCACUAGCAGAAGCCUGGUGGAGUUCUGUAUAUGCUGACCAAGCUCAGCUGUAGCCAUCCCAUGAGUUCACACAGUAAACUAACUUGUUGUCAGCAGGCUGGCUGCUGCCAUCACAGCUGUUCCACCAACAGCUGGAAAACAAAAUGAUUCGGCUGGUCCAAGAUCAGCUUCAGCCACAUUGUACAAUCAGGCAAACACUCAGUAACAAAAGCCUCCUUCAUGACAGGCACAGUGAAGUAACAGUCUGUGCAGCCUCUCAACAGACAUAAAAGACGGUCAGGCAGCCGGGUCAGGACCUUUGAGAGAUUUGGUCACAAAAUGAUGAAAAUAAUUUUAAAAUAUGUCAUGUUUUAGUCACAGUAAUUGCUAUUUGGUUAAGUUUCUGCUCAGUGUACCAAAUAAGAGUUUCAAAAUCAGCCAAGUUCUCAGAGCAGUUUGAUGAAUUGUCUUUGUGAAGCCGAGUGACCAGUAAGAGUUCCUUCAGUACUGUAUGCACAGUUUCACGCUCGUGCGUGAUGCAUCAUAAGGAUGGUCCAAAAAUAUCCAAUCAAAUCUGAUUGUUUUUUGGAUUCUCCUGUCGAGGCCUUCAGUAAAUAAACACUAUGAAGCUUGAAAUAAAAGAAGCUUGAAAUCUCACAUCACACACGUCCAGUACGACAUCCAUAGUUGAAUGAAAAACAAAACACACGCAAAUGGUAGAAUAUCACAUAUCAAAACCUGAUAUUUAACUGUAUUCAGGUCUUUUCUCACAGAGACAUUGUUAGACAUACUGUGCUUAGAUACAGCACACCUUUCUGUACAUUUUAUUUAUUUUUUAAAUUUUAUUAUCCCUUAUUAAUCCCACGAGGGGAAAUUCUGAUUUUCGCAUCUCUCCUCAGUUGGGGGAGUCAGAGCGAUGGGUCAGCCGUCGUGCAGCUCCCCUGGAGCAGGAAGGGUUAAGGGCCUCACUCAAGGGCCCAACAGUGGCCACAUCGGGGUUUGAACCUCUGACCUUCCGAUUAGUAGUCCAGAGACUUAACCAUUGCGCCACCACUGACCCGUUUUUUUAAUUUACAUUUACAAACACCUAUGUUUAUUCAUGUUUGUUACAUCCACAUAAUGUACUGUAUGGGUUUAAGCCUCAAUGCUGAGAACUGUAAAAGUCAGGUUUAAGCAACUAUAGAGAGACAUUUAUAAGUACAAGAAUAUUUUUUCUGUCACCAGCCCCGGACCAGCUUGAUUUAAACGGUUAAAAUACAGAUUUUCAUGUAGCUUAAACUCACAAUGUCGUGGUUUAGCUCCUUAGAACUGUAUAGAUGAUAUGAUUGUCUGCCUUUCGGAAACCUGAAAAUACAACUGACUUCUACAGUUUUUAACUAAAGGUUUAACUAAGGCCACAUCCAUACUAGUAUGAUCUCCAUCCAGUGUCAGUUCAGGAGCUUAAACAGGAUGGGUACCACUUCUUAGAUUCUCUGUUUCUGCAAAUCCAGGCUAAAAUGCAACCCCAGAGUUUUCAUACCAACAAUCUCUAUCUUAGGUGUUGUAAAACCCAGGAAUCAUGUAGACGCAGCACCAGCUACACAUUUUAUAACUGAAAUGUACAAGUGUGGAUGUAGCCUAAAAAUGGUGUUUCCCAAAAUAAUCGAAGCAUGAAAAUGAUCUUUGUUCGAUUAGGCGGCACCAGAAAAUGUAUGUUUUGGGCGACCCAAAGUGGCAAUGAAAGAUUACAAGUAAACUUGUGAAGGAUAUAACCACCCAGGAGUCAUUGAAACUCCUGUCAUUGUGCUUGUGAAGAUACCCUGUGAAGGUUUUAACAACUGGCAGUACUACGGAGCAACAUGUUUAGAAGUGGUCCUAGCUUUGUUUGUAUUGCACUAACAUUUGGUGGCAGAAAAAUGAUUUCAGCACAUUCAUAAGGCCUUAAGGAUACACACCGUGUGUUUUGGUGAUGCAUAGUAAAUGUUAACAGCAAAAGAAAAUGAAAAUCACAGGAUAAUUUUCUGCUGCUACUUUGUGAUGAACCUGGUGCUACUUUAAAGGUUCAGUGUUUAGGACAUUAUUGGCCUGCAGUGGUGAGGUUGCAGAUUGUGAUCAUACUGUGAUCACACCCACUAAAGUGAGUGCUAGAAAGGGAAAAGGCCACCUCUAGAGUCAGUGUUUUAUUUGUCCAUUCUGGGCUUCUGUAGAAACAUGGCCUUGCAACACAAUGGACUGUCUCCCUCUGUAGACAUAAAGGGCUCAUUCUAAGUUAUCAAAAACAGCGAUUCUUCUUGACACUCAUGGAAACGUAAUUUAAUUACUGCACCUAAAUCCUACAAACUGGACCUUUAACUGUAUAUCUAAUGGAGCAAAGAUGAUCUUAAAAGCCUGUAAAAGUUUGGGAAAACACCAGUAUGGUUUUUUGUUGUUGUUGUUAUUUUGGUUGUGUCAGCAAAAGAUUUUCAGAAGUGUGUUUCUAGAGCUUGUCAUUUGAUUGUUUCAUACCUUUUCUUUGAAUGUUUCACAAAGUCCUCUCAAUCACACAAGUGAGUUUCGUUGCCAACUGAAAACUACACAUUUUACCCUAGCUUUUUGUUUCAACAAUAAGCUAUGCACGCGCUGUGUUUUAGAGAGGAGGUUACAGCAAAAAACAUAAAUCCUAGUCUUCCACAGUUCAAAUGUUGGAGGAGAAAUGUGUUUGUGGCUCGAUCUACAUAACAACAAAUCACAUCUUAAAUCGUCCGUACAGAAACAAAUCAUUUAGAAUGAUUCUACUCACCAAGAAAAACCACAAAACCACAACCUGCAGCUUUUUCUCUGUGUAGAUCCAGCCUGAGCCAUGAUCACAGAUUUAAGGUGCUGUGAGCAAAGUGGAAUAUUUUUACAUAUUUCUGAUGUUUGGCCGGCAGUGGACAAGCAAAGCCCAGAGAGAGAUCUGACUGUCACAUCUCCACCUCUGGAACAAACCAGCCAGCUCAACAUGUUAAUAUUUGUACUGACGGUUGUGUGUCGAUGCUUUCUAAAGCCUUGAUGUUUGUUAGCAUACAGAAGAAGCACAAAGCCGCUUUUGCUUUUUGAGUAUUCAGUCUGUUCCACAGCAGAGUUUGGUACAAGCAGACAAAGAAAUCAUGCUUUUUCUAAGCAAAGAACCACAUAUCUCGGAGUGCAUUUUUCAGGAACGUUUAUUUUCAGACUGAUCUUGUAUCUUGCUCUUGUACUUUUGGAACAAACUGAGGAUCAACAUGUUCGAAGGGUCUAAGUUUGCUCUGACUGGGAGGACAUGGGACUCAAAGUCAGACAUCGAAACUGCAGUUCUGGGUUUUACCCAACAACAGUUAUAAACUACCUGACUGCUCAGCAGGGACACAAACUGUCACGUUAGCAGAGUCACACAUGGCAACAAAGCAACCUGAAGCAGUGAUACUCGAUGUAGCAGCUGAGAUCUGUUUUUCUGUCAGUUUGCAAUAGAGAAUUCUGUGCUUGACAAUUUAUCUUACUGAAUGUUUUGGGGCUUUUUUUGAUGAUGUUUUGUGUUUGACUGAAAUCUGUUUUAUCAAGAGUUUGAUUCUUCGAUUGUACACUAUGAUUUUGAAUGACGAGCAUUUGUUUAAAAAACAAAAAAAGGACACCUUGUACUUGUAUCAGGUGUUCUUUUUGAAGGCCUUUAAUUUGUUUCUAAGUGCUGAUACCACGUUUCUCAAUAUACUCUUAGUCCGAAACUUACUCUACUGCAGUGGUUCUCAAACUCGCUCAUUUUCCUCCUCAGAAGCUGAAAACAGUCUGUGUAGUUUUUGUGAAGCAUUCAGCCAGUCAAGUAACUGAUAAAAACAGCGCCAGCACCACAGAACCACUGCUGUAUUGUAAAAUGACCUGUUGUGUUUUCUUAAACUUAGCUUUCAAUCACACUUGCUUUUACCGUUCAAACACAUUGGACACAAAUUUGACGAUACAAAGACCUGAAUUCUCUGUUGUGAUGUGCCGAAGACUCAUUUUUGCAGCAGAGAUGUCGAUAAUCUGACUUCUGUUACCUAGUUCUUUUUAUCCUAAAACCGACAAGGACUUAUCAAAGGUGAAACAAUGCUGCGGCUGCUUAUUUAACAAAAACAAGUACAUUUAAAUGUAGUAUACGUUUCAGAGCAACAUGUCCAAACAAUAUUGAACAUAGAACAAUUUGAUGGAAAUGAGAAAGUGUCCAGUUGACCAGUGCCUCAGCAGUGUCUGUUUAAUCAGAUUAGAUAUAGCUCUACUUAAUUUGCAUCUUUGCUGUGAGUUUGGAAGACUUGCCCAUGUGCUUUGUGCAAAAAAAGGUGACAUCCUCGCUCACUGCAAGUAUUCCCUUCUUUUUUUGGAUCACUAGUUUGGUUCUUUUUUUUCCCUGUUUCUCAAAGUGAUUUCCUUCUUAUGAACCUUAAAGCAGAAAGAUUUGCUUCGUGUUGCGAAGAACAAAGGGACAGCCAGCCUUCUUUCAAACUUGUGAGUCCGAUGUGACUCGCGGUGAGCAAAAAUUCAUGUGUGUGCGUGAAUCGAACCCCAAACCAUUGUAACAGUAUUCAGCCAGCAUCUAGAUUUGAUCAAACAACUCAGCGGAGCCAACGGAUGGAGCUGAUGAACCCUCUGUGAUGACUUUAGUAACCCCGCAGAGCACACACACACACACACACACACACACACACACACACACACACACACACACACACACACACACACACACACACACACACACACACACACACACACACACACACUCACUGUUACUGUUGUUAGUGUUUUUGUCGGGCGCUGUUGAGUCUGUUCAAAUUUCCUGUGUGAAUAUGCAGCGUGGUUUUGUAUUCUGUGGAGAUCAAUAGUAGGAGAAAAUGUGAGCCCUGGUGAUUAUUGUAACUCUCCUACUGUUGCCGUAUAAAUGGUCUGAUAGCAGCUGUUUUUAUCAACAACUGUAGCAGCAUGUGUUGUUUUAUUAAAUAAUCUAUGUUUUUAA